UUUUUUACGGAAACGCGCAGCCGCGUGUUCUCUCUCUCCACGAUAAAUCUUUCAAAACCCUAACUCAAUUUUAUUUGCCGCUCCGCCUUUUAUCUAACAGAGCCGCCCAAAAACCUUUCUUUAAGCAAAGAAAGCUAAAAUGACCACCCGAUUCAAGAAGAACAGGAAGAAGCGCGGCCACGUGAGCGCUGGACAUGGUCGUAUUGGCAAGCACCGGAAGCAUCCAGGAGGUCGUGGUAACGCUGGAGGCAUGCACCACCACAGGAUCCUUUUCGACAAGUACCAUCCUGGGUAUUUUGGAAAGGUCGGAAUGCGAUACUUCCACAAAUUGCGGAACAAGUUCUACUGCCCCAUCGUCAACAUCGAUAAGCUCUGGUCGUUGAUCCCUCAAGAAGCGAAGGAGAAGGCUAGCAAGGACAAUGUGCCAAUGAUCGAUGUCACUCAGCAUGGCUACUUCAAGGUAUUGGGGAAGGGCGCUUUGCCGGAGAACAAGCCGAUUGUUGUGAAAGCGAAGCUGGUGUCCAAGAUUGCCGAGAAAAAGAUAAAGGAGAAUGGCGGAGCUGUUGUGCUUACGGCUUAAGCUGUUUUGUUCUGAUCAUUUUAGGGUUUUUUUUUAUAAUUUUUAAUUGUUUAGAGCUUGAUAUUUAUGGGUACUUUAUUAUAGUUGUUGUUGUUGCUACUUUUCGGUUUGAAUGGAUAUGGGUUACUUUUCCAGUGCUUA